AUGGAAGACGCGACUGCUGCCCUGGCUACGAUAGCCACCUCCGCACUCAUCGCUACCACCAGUCUCGCCUCUCCAACACCAUCAAGCAUGCACACACUAUUGUAUCAUGGAACAACCCCGGCAGAGGACCCAGACGAGGGAGGAGGUGAAUGCAAGCUGCUCGGUCCGUUCUCGGUAUUUGUGCAGGUUGCGCUCGGAGGACUUGCGCUAUUAUCUCUGGUCUUCAAAAGGUGGAGAGAACGACCACAGCGACCACUCAAGGUGUGGUCCUUUGAUGUAUCAAAGCAGGUGUUUGGGUCGGUGAUGCUUCACAUGGCCAACCUGCUUAUGUCUAUGUUUUCGGCUGGCCAGCUUGAGAUACAGAAACAGUAUAAGCCGAAUCCCUGCUCAUUCUACCUGCUCAACUUGGGUAUUGACACUACUCUCGGUAUCCCGAUUCUGAUCCUUAUUCUCCGUGUUCUCAACUAUUUCGCCUCUUACACAAUACUCGCCAAUCCGCCAGAAUCAAUAGAAUCAGGAAACUACGGCCAUCCUCCGCGCGCGACAUGGUGGCUCAAACAGUCCAUUAUCUACUUUAUGGGGUUGUUUAGCAUGAAAAUAUGCGUCUUCUUCCUCAUCCAACUCUUGCCUUUCAUCGUCAAGUUCGGCGACUGGGCCUUACGAUGGACAGAGGGAAACACAGCCGUCCAAAUAUUCUUCGUGAUGCUUCUUUUCCCAGUCAUCAUGAACGCGAUUCAAUACUACAUCAUCGAUAUAUUUAUCAAGAAACCGAUCUCGCACGGCAUGUACACGACCGAUGACUCGAGCGCAGAAGGGAGCACAUCCGACGAUGCUCAGCGCCGGGAGGCCCUUCUUGAUGGUCUGGACGAGUCAUAUUCCACCGACUCGGAUGAUGAAACGCCAAUACUUUCAAAACCAAAGGCUACUAUGCAUACGGUGAAGGAAUCGGAGCACCAACUUACGGAGGACCAUUCACCUGUUCCUCCAUAUGAACCCCCUAGCUCGAGCAGUAGUCGUGUUGACCCUGACUCAAAGUCUAGUGCUACACACACUUAA